UCACUUAUGUUCUGUCAAAGUUAAAAGUGGAAAGUAAUAAAAUAUACAAAAUGAACUCUGCUAACGCGCUAUGUGGAACGGAGCCCGGCGUGAUAAAUCGAGACAUGCUUGUUUCUUUAGUGAUCGAUCAGGGACCGAAAAAGGAAGCCGGCAAGCUGUUUAUUCAAGAUGGAAUUGAAUUGGACAAAGUGAAGGAAAUCCGCAUUCAGUUUCUUAAUAUCCUAAAUAUCAAUUAUCUUUGGGUGUUGAAAAAUCUAGUCAAGUUGACAUUGUCUCACAAUGUCAUUGAGAGAAUUGAAAAUCUAGACGAGCUUAUUCACUUGAAGGAACUGGACCUCUCGUUUAAUCGUAUUAAAAUUAUGGAAAACUUGAACAAUUUACAUCAACUGGAAAUCCUACUUUUGUAUAGCAAUGAAAUUUCUAUUGUACAAGGCAUUGAUAAUUUAAAGAAAUUAAUUAUUUUAAAUAUUGGUAAAAACAUGAUCAAGGAUUGGAAGCAUGUCACAUAUUUGCGUGAUCUCAAAAUGCUUAGAAGUUUAAACACUUGGGAUAAUCCCUGUACCGAAAUGGAUGGAUAUUUGGAUUAUCUGUUUGCAUUUGUGCCCCAAUUACUUUAUUAUCAAUACAGAAUGAUAUCUGAAAGUGCACGUCAAUCCGCCAUCGAUAAACAUUAUCGUAUAAUUAGCAAUCUCGAGGAAAAUGAGGCAAAAGUUCAAGCGGAAUUAGCAUUACAAAAACAAAUUGAAAACAAAAUAGCAUUAUUGUCUGCAUCGUAUGUGGAGUACCUCGAUGAAGAUUAUCUUUUUCAACAAAUGUUUUCUCAAGAUGAAGCUGGCAAGACAUUAUCCACGAUAAACAAGGAUACAAAGAAUGCAUUUGAGGAUUACAAGAAGUCCUUCUGUACGAUAUGUUAUGAAUUGUAUGAAUAUGGCUUACAGGAGCAUGAUAAAAGAACAGAAGAAAUAAGAUUGUUUGAAACUGCUGUUAAUGAAGGCAAGGAAAAUACACAAAACGAAGCGAGAAAGACUUUAGAUGAAGUACUUGAAAGAAAAAUCGAAAUAUUUGGAAAUAUAAAAAACGUUAUGGAAGCUUUAACACAAGAAAAAGAAGAAGAACAAAAAGAAGCUGCUGUAACGGAUGAGGUCACUGCAAAAGCAAGAGAAUUGUUUGAUGAUUUUAAUAAUUUAUUGUCCAGGGCACGAAACCUAUUAAUAUCUAAAGAAAUUAUACUGCACGAUCAGAUUGAAGACAUAAACGAAGUCUUCAGGAAUAACAUGACAGACAUGGUCGAGUCGUUCCUAAAAGCCGCUGGAGAAUAUUUCUCUUCAUUACGAAACGCACAAACUGAAUAUAACAACAUUAUGAAUGAAUUAGUUUUAUCUUACAUAAGCGGUUUUGAGGAGGAGACACCUAUGCCAGCUCAUCUUAAGGAUCUGUGCGGAGAUAACGACAUUUUGACCACCACUCUUGCCGCGUCACAUAAUUUACAUUUACAGAUAAUAAACGAUCGAGAGGAGCGCAUGAUAAAUCGGCUAAAUAAUUGGCUCAAAGAUUACACUAAUCAGUUAAUUGAGAAUGAAGAUAAAAGGAAUCGUCAGCAGAUAUUAGAAAUGUCGCAUUUCUUUGGAUUUCAACAACAAGAAUUAAAUUCGCUAGGCAUACCGCAACAAUUAGAUUUGACAGACAUUGAUCUAGAAGAUGUUGCUAUAUUGGAAGAUUAGUGAUUAACGUGCUAGUAU